CCGGAUGUUUGCAUGUUCUGUUUAUACUUUGGAGCCGGCGGCGGAGACUUUCAUGUCGUCACCCGCUUCAUGUGGGUCUACCCCGGACGGUACUUGCUGACAAACUGCACGCCUUGGAGGGGAUCAAGAAGUGCCAAUAAGUCACAAAGCUGAUCUUGUGAGAGAGACUUCUGAUAUCAGCUGACUCUGGAAUUAAAGGAUGGAGACGCAAAAGCUGCUGAUGCCAGUGAAUAGCUAUGGGUCUCAAGAUGGAGACACAAGGCCAAGCUUGGGCUCUGCUUCCCUUCAACCAGAAGAGGAGGAGCUCCGCAGGCGACUCAAGUAUUACUUCAUGAGCCCCUGUGACAAGUUUCGUGCCAAAGGCCGCAAACCAUUCAAAUUGAUACUCCAACUGAUCAAGAUCCUAAUAGUCACCAUUCAGCUCAUUCUCUUUGGACUCAGCAAUCAAAUGGUGGUGACCUUCAAAGAGGAGAACACUAUUACAUUCAAGCAUCUCUUCCUGAAGGACUAUGUAGACGGGUCAGAGAACACCCAUGCGGUGUAUACACAGGCAGAUGUCUAUGACCAUAUGUUCUAUGCCGUGGACAAGUACUUGGCCAUUCCAAAUGAAACAAUUGGACGCUAUGCCUAUGUGCGUGCAGGUAAUGCAAACCAGUCUGCACUCAUGCUGUGCCAGCAGUUCUACCGCAAAGGAAGGAUUGACCCAGCCAAUGACACCUUCAACAUAGACCCCAAGGUCAUCACAGAGUGCCUUGGUGUGGAUCCUCCAGAGAAGAUGCCCUUUCCCCUGGACUCUGAGGAGACGAUUGUAGCCCUCUUGGAGCCAAACUGCAGCUACAGGAAUUUUACUCUCAAAUUUUAUAAGCUCAUUAAUGUCACCAUCCAGUUUAAACUGAAAGCCAUCAACAUCCAAACUAUAAUCAACAAUGAAAUUCCAGACUGCUACACUUUUUCUAUCACAAUCACAUUUGACAAUAAAGCACACAGUGGCCGAGUAAAGAUCCACCUGGACAACAAAGUGGAUAUUCAGGAGUGCAAAGACCCCAGUGUCUCUGGCAAAGGAGACAACCGUUUCCGGAUCUUCUUCGAUGUGGUUGUGGUCCUCAUCUGUGUGCUGUCUUUCAUCUUGUGUGGCCGCUCGAUCAUCAGGGGGCUUCUACUGCAGCAUGAAUUCAGCCGGUUUUUCCAGCACCAUUACAAUCAAGACAUCUGCCUGUCUGAUCGCAUGGAAUUUGUGAAUGGUUGGUAUAUCCUACUUGUGGUGAGCGAUGUCCUUACUGUGUCUGGGACCAUAAUGAAGAUCGGGAUUGAGUCCAAGAACUUUGCCAACUAUGACGUGUGUGGCAUUCUCCUGGGCACCUCCACCCUCCUGGUCUGGGUCGGCGUCAUGCGCUACCUCAGCUUCUUCCAGAAGUACAAUAUCCUCAUUGUCACCAUGCGGGUUGCUUUACCCAAUGUCAUCCGUUUCUGCUGCUGUGUGGCUGUCAUCUACUUAGGCUACUGCUUCUGUGGUUGGAUUGUGCUGGGUCCCUAUCAUGUCAAGUUCCGCACUCUCUCAAUGGUGUCAGAGUGCCUUUUCUCACUGAUCAAUGGAGAUGACAUGUUUGUGACCUUUGCUGCAAUGCAGCAGAACAGCUACUUGGUGUGGCUUUUCAGCCAGCUCUACCUGUACACUUUCAUCAGCCUCUUCAUCUACAUGGUGCUCAGCCUCUUCAUUGCUCUCAUCACUGGCUCCUACGAGACCAUCAAGCAUCAGUGUGAGGGGGAAGCGACUGUCACACAGCUCCACGCCUACAUAGCUCAGUGCAAAGACAGUCCCAAAUCUGGCAAGUUCCGCAGGGAGAGCAGUUCCUCGUGUUCCAUCUUCUGCUGCUGUGAGCGAACCCCACUGCAGGAGAAUGUGCUGGUGGUGAACUGAGCGCUGCGGCUUGGAAAAAGAAGGGCUGCCCUGUUGCUCAUUGCUGGGCAGCCUGAAUGUGGACUGCUGAGACUGAAGAGGCCUAGGUGGCCUGUUUUCUGGCAGUGACUAAGGCAAGAGAUGACAGCUCAUGUCGUUGCCUCCUGUGGGCUGUGAGCUUGUGUGCCACUUCUGCAGAAAGCUCUUGAGACACGGGGGGGAGUGGAGUUUUAAGCAGUAUGUCCAGCUGGGAGUGGGGCUGCAUUAGACCCAGCUGAUGUAUUGCUGUGUGGACCUCUUCUUCCUAGGCCAUGUGGGAUUAGCAGGUUGCCAAACAGCUGCAGUGGGGAAUGCAGUUUUUAAAGGUUUCUUUUGGAAGAAAAAAGAUUUAUAAAAGGACAUGGCUUCUUAGGGCCUUGGAGCCUUCCAUGCUGCCUGUGUGGGCAUUUUCAAGGGCUGCAUUUGCCUCGCUAGGAUUGCGGCACCAAGACUAGUGUUGUUUCCCUCAAGCAUUUAGUAGCUGACUGGCACCUGGCAGGUUCACAAUGCUACAGAAUGAAAUUUAACACAAUCUCUAUUGCAUAUUGAGGGCAUGGGAGGUGGGGAAGCUGCUCUAAAAUACUCAGCUAAAGAGCAAGGCUUCUCCUGCUACGUCAUGUACAGACUUGCUCUGGAGCUCAGUUACAGUAUCCUUCCCUUCUUCCAGUUAGUGAGAAGGAGGUCUCAUUUGAUAGCUGUUCUGGUUUGGAACGAAUCCUAUUCUACAUCAGGCUGGAAUGGCAGUCUAGAGAUGGUACAUCUCAUCCCAUCCUACAGUAAUGACAACUGUACUGAGCAUGGCUUACUUUCAAUCUUGUAUCAGUAAAUCUACUUCUUUUCCUAGCGUUGCCUCCAAAGUGUUGCACAGGAGAUUGGGGUAUGCUCAUUGGUCAAACAGGAUGAAGAGAAUAUGAUACCUUACAUGCAGUGUGAGUAGGGAGGUGGGAUUUGGCCAGGGCUGGAACCCCUUUAGCUUCUAACACAGACCUUUCCAGGAGGACAUAUUGUACUGCUACAGAAGGUACGACCUGACAGCCAGAGAUGGGAAUGCUUUCUGUGGGUAGUUUGAUCUUCAAGGCUGUCUCUUGCACACAAUUCCAUGUUUGGGAUUUUGCAAUUGAGGUAAUGAAGAUAGCAGCAUUUAUGUCAGUAUUUUGGAUGAGAAAAUGCUUCCAGUGGCUAUUGGAACAUUGCUAGCUGUGGUCCACAGAAAUUACAACACCUUCCAAUCUGCUAGAGUGUUCUGGCACAUGGUCUCGCCUGGCCUUGGCUCACCAUCUCCCCUUACUCUGAAACAGUUGCUUUGAGCAAGAGAAUUUCAGAGGGGCACAAUUUUUCCUGCUUUCUCUGUGUGUCUUUUACAAAAAUGAGCUCCAUUCCAGAAGAUGAGAGGGAUCAUUGCAACCCUUCACUUCAGGAGCAGAAAUGUCUACAAUCAUUUUUAGGAUUUACCUUACUGGACUCUGGUAGGGGGAAGACGAAUUAAUCAUGUAUUUCUUCCACUUUUGGAUCUUCCCUUUGCUAUCUAUACAUGAGUAAGGUUAAAAAAAGAAAAAAAGACCAGUUGGCCUCUCAAGUAUUGUCAAAUAAUGAUAGAUUUUUAAAGCAUUAAUUUUGUAGAACUAUAACAAAGGAGAUGUAACUAAUUUGAGUGUUUGUUAAUAAUUAUUUAUGAAACAAUGAAGUUCAGUUGUGAGCUAUUGAAAUAAAUAAUUUAUAACUAUACUAUUAGAAUACUAUGAGAAAAGUAUUAAAGAGGAUAAGCUUUUAAA